AUGCAAACUCAGCUUAGGUAUUUAAUACUAGAGAAGUCAUUCAGAAUUUAAUGCUUCUAAGACAGUGAUCAAGUGUAAAGCAAGAUAGACCAAAGCUAAUUGAUGGCAGUAGACACAAAAGGAUCAGCUUUGAUUUAUUAUGGUCUAGUUGAAAUGAUCACUUCAACACUUACUCUAGUAGUUAUUAUCUACUUUGUUUAUGUAAAGCUUGGAGCCAAGGCAACUUUGAAUGGGUUAAUUGUACUUAUUAUUGCAUUAUCAAUUAACAUAUUUAUACACAGAUCUAUUAAUAUUUUGUUUAGAAAGAAGAAAGAAAUGACUGAUAAAAGAGUUUCCUUAACGAAAGAUGUUGUAGAGGGAAUUAAAAGCAUUAAGUACUUGGGAUGGGAACAAGUAUUUUUAAAGAAAAUCGAAUAAGCUAGAGAAAAAGAAUUUAAUCUUACUAGAAAAAUCUAACUUUUGGAUUGUCUUGGCAAUAUUUUGUGGAUAAGCUUAGGCUAUAUUUUACUUUAUGUUUUUCUUAGUGCAUAUUCUGAUGAAGGCAAUGAUGUAUUGAAAUAAAAUAUAUUUACAGUCCUUGCUCUUUUUGCUUACAUCAAAUAACCUUUAGGAACUAUCCCUUAUGGUAUUAAUUUCUUUUUAAAGGCCAAAGUUCAAAUCAAUAGAAUUGAUUCAUUCCUUUAAUUAAAAGAAAUUUCUUAAAUUGGAUAUCAUAUCAGUCACAAAUUAAAUAGUCAAAAUGCAAUUACAAUAAUUAAUGCUUAGUUUUUUUGGCCAAGUAAUGAUAAAAGAUAAAAAAAACUAAAGUAAGAAUUGAAGUUUAAUGAAGAAACUUCGACUGAUUUAUUUGAGUAGGAAUAGGAAGGUUUAAAUCACAUAGAAAAGAGAUUCAGUGUAAAAGUUCCAGAUCUUUAAAUUAAACAAGGAUCAUUGAAUGUAAUAAUUGGAGAAAUAGGAUCAGGAAAAACUGCACUUUUACUCUCUAUAUUAAACGAGUUGGAUCAUUGCUAAUUGAGUGAAUUUUAAGAAGAGAACAAAAUUGAGAUAUAUGGAACUAUUGGAUAUGUAUCGUAAAAUCAUUGGCUUCAAAAUAAAACAAUACAAGAAAACAUAUUGUUUGGAGAAAAGUUUGAUUAAUAAUGGUACAAUUAAUGCAUAAAGGCCUGUGAAUUAGAUGAAGAUUUUAGGUAUUUUUCAGAAUCAGACUAAAAAAUUAUUGGACCUGUAGGUAGUAACCUUAGUGGUGGCUAAAGAUAAAGAAUUUCAUUGUGUAGAGCAGUUUACUAAAGAAAAGAUAUUUACCUAUUUGAUGAUAUCUUUAGUAGUUUGGAUGCAAAAAUUAGUUUGAGAGUCUAUGAAUAAGUUGUAAUACAUCUCCUUAACUAAGUUUUAGGUUCUACUAUUCUAAUUGUGUCUAGCCAUUACUAAUUCAUUGACUUAAACAGAUAGAACCUAAAUUUAAUUUAUGUAACCAAUGGCAACAUUAUUUAAAAUAAAUAAAUAAUUCAGCAAUAUCUCAAUGACUACUAAAUAUAAACAAAACAAGACAAUGAAGAGUAUAACUAAAAAUCAUAAAAACAAUUAGUCGAUUAAGAAGACUAAAACUUACCCAAUUAGAACUUAAAUAACAUAGAAAAAAUUAAUGAAAAAAAUGGAGAACCAAGUUAAAUAUAAUAAAAUAAACCAGUUUUGAGUAAGAAAAACGAAGAAGAAAGGGAGAAAGGAAACAUAAAUAGAAAAACAUUAAUCUCUUUCUUUAGAUCAAGGGGGUUUUUAUUUUCUCUGAUUCAUUUAUUUUUAAGCUUUUCAAUUCAAGCUAGUUAAAUGCUUACUGAUUUUUGGCUAAAAGACUAUACAAGGAGUAACAUCAGUUAGUCUUCAUUUCAAUAAUUCUUGAGUUAUCUCUUUGGAGGAUUUAAUGAAAUUUUUAAAGCCUUAACACUUAUAAAUUUCAUAAUAGCAUUCUUAUGUGGAUUUUUUCACUUUUUGAGCUCUAAUAAUAGCAGCUAGUACUUGUUUAAAAUACUCAACAAAUAAAUUAUCUUUAGUAAAAUGGUUUUUUUUGACAAAAAUCCUAUAGGAAGAAUUUUAAGCAGAGUGUCUUCAGACUAAAGUAAAAUAGAUGAUAUUCUUUAAACCCACUAUCAUAUAUUCUUAGAAAAGCUAGCCUAUCUAAUUGGAUACCCUAUAGGCAUGAUAAUAUAGUUUCCAUGGACUAUUCUUCAUUUUACUUUGAUUAUCCUUCUAGCUAUUUAAAUUUCUAAGAGAUACAGAGCCAGCAGUCGAGAACUUACAAGAUUGCAUUCUGUGAAUUAGGGACAAAUGCUAACAGUAAUAAGCGAAAAUUCUUCUGGAUUAAGUGUUAUAAGAUCUAUGAAUAAAGAAAGGAUAAUCAUGUAAGAGUUUAUCUAAAGUAUGGAAAAUAACAAUUAAUCUUAGAUUGUUUAAGAUGCUGUUUCUGUUUGGUUUGUGAUGAGGCUAUUCAUUCUCUCAAAUUCUUCAUUUUUAAUUAUUGUCAUUUCUAAUCUAUAUAUUGUAUUUACUGGAUAAGAAGUUACAGGUAAUACAGUAGCAUUAGGAUUGAUUUACUCAAUGCUAUUCUCGACUGUAUUUUCUGAUGUUAUGAAUUACUUUAAUUAUUUUGAAUAAGAUGUUAUAUCUGUUGAGAGAAUAAACUAAUAUUUAGAUAAUCCCUUAGAAGACUUGCAAAGUAGAAAUUCAAUUUCAAACGAUUAAUAAUUUAGGGUGGUUUUUGACGAGGAGAUUGUCAAAUAAAAAAGUGAUGAAGAUUUCGCGAUAUCUUUUAAAAAUGUUUACCUCUCAUAUUCUAAAAAUAACGAUAAUUUUGCAUUAAAAAACAUAUCUUUUGAUAUUAAGAGAGGAGAAAAGAUUGCUUUUUGCGGAAGGACAGGCUCAGGUAAGACAUCCAUUUUGAAUGCUUUAUUUAGGCUUUACGAAAUAAAUUCUGGUUAAAUUUACCUUAAUCAAAAAAAUUCAAACGAAAUGACUCUUCAAGAAUUGAGAGAGUAGCUUUCUAUCAUACCAUAAUAUGGCUUUCUAUUUAACUCUACGAUGUAGGAAAAUCUAGAUCCUUAAAUGAAAAAAGCCAAAGAAGAAAUGAUAAAAAUUUUUAAGAGAUUUGAAUGUUUAAAAGUUCUUGAGCAAAGCAACAGCAAGUAAACCACUAAACAGUAAAAUAAAUCUUUAAGUGAUAAGUAAACCGGAAUAAAAAAUUCGUAUUAAGAGCUUCAACAGAUAGAAAAAGAAUGUAGUAGUUAAAAAGAAAAUGAAAUUAAGUAGUAAUAAAAUGAUAGCUUAACAAACUAUGACGAUAAUUCUUAAUUCUUAGACAUGUUAAUUUAAGAAAGUGGUAAAAACCUUUCUAAUGGAGAAAAGCAGAUUAUUAAUUUUUUUAGAAUAAUUUUAAGAAAUAACUCUAUACUUUGCUUGGAUGAAGCUACAUCAAAUAUGGAUCCUAAAACAGAUAAAAUUCUUCAUGAAGAACUAUUUAAAUUUAGUGAAAAUAAAACCCUUAUUGUAAUCACCCACAGAUUAGAAAAUAUCGAAAUGUUUGACAGAGUUUAUGUUAUGGAUAAAGGAGAGAUAGUGGAAUAAGGUCAUGCCUCAGAAUUAAAAAAAAUACAAAAUGGUUUUUUCAAUAAGCUUUUAGAAAACAAAAUUUGA